UCAUCGGCGGCGCUAUCAGCCAUGCACCGCCGUCUCACGGAACCUCCAUUGCACUCUACUUCCAUCGGCCUUGCUCGCAUCACUCCCUUCUGUCGCACCCCUUCCCGGUUCUUCUUCGUCGCACCCCUUCCGUCGGCCUUGCUCGCAUCGCUCCCUUUCGAACCCUAAUGUGCGUUUCUCUCUUCGAUCUCGCCAUGUUUGCUCUUUUCCACUGUGUUUCUCUCUUCGAUCUUGCCUCAGCUAUGCAGUUCCUGAAUGCAUUGACUAGUUUUAUUUUUAUUGCUGAGGAAGAGGAGGAGGAAGUAGAGAUAGAGUAUGUGGAAGGUUAUGAUGAACUUGAAGAGGAAGAUGACAUGGAGGAUUUUGUUAAUUUUAGAUACAUUUCAAUUCUAUUUUUAUGUAUUAGUCUAUUAUUUUUCUUAUAUGUUGGAGGUGAAAAGUUGUGCAUGUGGAGUUGGAGCUCUGUGGUUGAGUUUAGAAAAAUGAAAUAAACUAGAAAAUGAACACAUUUGAAAAUCAAAAGCAUAACAGAGUUUUCUAAUGCAGCUGGAAGCUCUGAAGAUGAAGAGGCAGAAGCAGCUGCUCAGAGAAGGGUGAAACAGAAGAAUAAGUUAGCUUCAAUGAAAUCUGAGAAGGAUUCUGUUGAUCUUAAAUCAAAGAAGGCAAAGGUCCUUGUUGAGCUUCAAUCUAGGCUGCUCAGAAAGGUAUAAUGAGUGUAUGGGACAAAGCUGAUAUCAUAAAGUGUAUAGGACUCAAUUGGAGGAUUAGUCUUAGCAUGAGUGAUCCAGAUCUUGUUCCACUUCUUAUCCAGAUUCGAAGAUAUCGACAGUGGGGAUCUGACCUUUGAUUAUUUUAAUGGUAGCUGCUGCAGCUUCAUUAGUACUGGGGAUAAAAUCUGAGGCAGGAGGUCUUGUUUUUAGAUAAUGAGAUUGCCUUCAAUGAGGCUAUCAUUGAAGAAAGAGAGCAAGGCAUUCAAGAAAUUCAGCAGCAAAUUGGUGAAGUAAAUGAAAUUUUUAAAGAUCUUGCUGUGCUUGUGCAUGAACAGGGAGCUAUGAUUGAUGAUAUUGGGUCCAACAUUGAGCAGUCUCAUGCAGCAACUGCACAAGCAAGAUCGCAACUUGCUAAAGCUUCAAAGACUCAAAGAUCAAAUUCUUCUUUGGUCAGAGGUUUCAUUUUCUGUUGGGUCUUGCCUCCUUCCUCAUCCAGACAAGGCAUCAGGCAUAGCUGCCUUAGACAUUAAGAAGCUUAAAGAUGCAGGUAUUUGCACUGUUGAAUUUGUUGCUUACACUCCUAGGAAGGAUCUGUUGCAAAUUAAAGGUAUCAGUGAGGCUAAAAUUGACAAGAUUAUUGAAGCAGCUACUAAGUUGGUGCCUAUGGGUUUUACUAGUGCGAGCCAGCUCCAUGCUCAGCGGAUGGAGAUCAUCCAGAUAACAACUGGAUCAAGAGAGCUUGACAAGAUAUUGGAAGGAGGAAUUGAAACAGGUUCUAUCACUGAGUUGUAUGGUGAUAGAAAAUGAAAUACCCCCAGAAUUCCUAAACACUUUGUUGAAUAUGGCACCAAGUCAAGAGGAAGAACGAAUCAGAUUGGGCAUUGAAUUUUUUGAGCAUUGAAUUGAAUCACUUCAGGAUGUAU